AGGACAGCCGUGCUCUUCAUUCGUCAUUCGUGCUCUUACACAAAACCAGUUUGUGUCCGGAAAAUGAUGUUUGUGUCACAGCAAACAAAUCCGUUAGUCAUAACUCCAUCCAUUCUCAGCAUUCCUAGCUGCUAUCCUGCUUUUCUUCUUUUCUUGCUGCUGGUUGGAUUAAAAGCCCUUUGUUUACUAUGGCAUCCCGCGAGGAGGUUACCCUCAGUGAAGAAGAAGUAAGGUCUCGGUACGGCCACAUAGAGAAGAUGACAGAUUUGGUGGCUGUUUGGGAAGUAGCUUUAAGUGAUGGCGUUCAUAAAAUUGAAUUUGAGCACGGGACCACUACAGGAAAGCGUGUCGUCUAUGUUGACGGAAAGGAAGAGAUACGAAAAGAAUGGAUGUUUAAAUUGGUGGGUAAAGAAACGUUCACUGUUAGAGCGUCCAAAACAAGAGCUACUAUUAACAUCGAUGCAGUCAGUGGCUUUACACAUGAAUAUACUUUGGAGAUCAAUGCAAAAAGCCCCAAGAAAUAUAUGGAGAACAGGUCAAAAACAACCAACACUUGGAUACUGAGCUUGGGUGGUACAGACUAUAGAAUUGUUCUGGAAAAGGACACUAUGGAUGUGUGGUGCAACGGUGAAAAAAUGGAGACAGCGGGUGAAUUUGUAGAAGAUGGGACUGAAACUCACUUCAGUGUUGGUGAUCACAGCUGUUACAUUAAGGCCGUCAGUAGUGGAAAACGAAAGGAAGGAAUUAUUCACACUCUUAUUGUGGACGACAGAGAAAUUCCAGAGGCUGUGGAGUAGCUCCUAGUUAACUGAUUGUUGUAGGACUCAGAUCAGGUACUUUUAAUUACUGUGGUAAUUAUUUAAAUAAGAGGCAUUUGCAUAAUGCCUUCAAUAACACACUUUAGCUUUCGGUUAGCCCUGCAGUGGUCAGGCAGUUGGACACACUGAUCAUUGUAGGUUCCUUCCAGCUGGACUCUUCUACUACACGUAGAACACACGGUACGUCAGGUUUGUGCUGGGUUCAUUUCCUAGCUUCUGUACAUGAAAUUCAUCUUGAGGACCAGAUAGACGUAACUAAAUACAACAUGUUACAUUACCUGCUUUUAAAAAGCUACAUAGAGAAAUAUAUCACUAAGUGCAGAGAGGGCAGGUGCGCUCAAGUAGAAAUUAUAUGCUAGGAAAAAAAAAGCCAAAAUAUUCAGUAAUACUGAAUACUUUAUGUAGAGGGAGAGAGUACAUGCUGAGCACUGGAAAAAGCUGUUAAAAUUCUCUGUGUUUUUUCUUUCAAAUGUACUUCCAGUGUUCUUCAGAUGCAGUUAGGAAAUUUGUUACAUAAAUUAAUAAAAAAGGUUAUUAAAGAAAUAUAUUUUUUACCAGUCUUUGUGUAACUGUACUGAAAUGUUACUUAGCUAUGAAAACUGUUGGUUACUCACAGCAGGAGGAAAGGUGAGAUGCUGUGCCAAAAGAAUCCUAAAGGUGUUUGCUAAAAUGA